UCCCAUCCAGCCUUCUCCCCCGCCUCCACUUCUACCUUGCCCCUCUUUCCACGGCCCCUCACCCACACCAACACUUAACCCGUAAUGCCGUAAUGGCUCAUCAUGGCGAGCGAACGGAGUACUUUGGAACUAGCCGUCGUAGUACAUGCCAAAUACUCCCCACACGCAUCGCUUUCCCCCAAAUCAAAACCCAGCAGAGAGACGGAGAUGAUUCGCUUGCUGCUUCCUUCCCCCGCUCGUCCACAUCCCCGUCCCGUCUCAUAAACUUCGGCCUCUCUGCAACUCCCUCCUCCCCCACUACUUUCCUCCAACUUCCCACUCCUUUAAUUGAAGCCAGAGCCGCGGGGGCUCGCGAGUCGUGAUUAGCUAGCCUGCUGCGCGGCCGGCCGAGGAGGAGGAGAUCUCUUGCCUGUGCUGUUGGUCUCUUUUCUCCUUGCUUCACGAAUCACGAGGGUGGGGAGGGGAGGGGCGAUGGUGGGGUCGCCGACGAAGCGGCUGGCGCGGCGGGUGAUGAAGAGGCCGCUGGAGAAGGCCGGGAUGGUGGGGCUCGCCGUGAUGGCCACGGCCACCGCCGCGCUCCUGCUGCUCGUCUGCGCCGCGUCGCUCCGCUGCUCCGCCGCCCUCGACUACGCGCUCGCGGCGCCCAGGAAGCUCUGGAGCGGCGGGGUCUCCAUCGCGGCCGAGACGUCGCCGUCGCCGUCGGCGGAGAGGGGGCGCGGCGCCCAUGCGGCGGCGGCGAUGGUGGUAGGGGAGGAGUGCGACCUGUUCAACGGGAGCUGGAUGUGGGAUGACACCUACCCGCUCUACGAGUCCAAGGACUGCCCCUUCUUAGACGUCGGGUUCCGGUGCUCGGAAAACGGCCGGCCGGACGCUUCCUAUGUCAAAUGGCGGUGGCAGCCGUCGCGCUGCGAUCUACCCAGAUUUGAUGCCAAAUUUAUGCUCGAGAAGCUACGGAAUAGAAGGGUGGUAUUUGUUGGUGAUUCAAUUGGAAGGAACCAAUGGGAGUCUCUGCUUUGUAUGCUCUCUAGUGCUGUUCCUAACAAGAAGUCCAUCUAUGAAAUUAAUGGGAGUCCCAUCACAAAGCACAUGGGUUUCUUGAUUUUCAAAUUUAGCGACUACAAUUGCACUGUGGAGUAUUACAGAUCUCCUUUUAUAGUCCUUCAAGGCCGUGCACCAGCUGGAGCCCCUAAGGUUGUUAAGUACACAGUUAGGGUGGAUGCCAUGGAUUGGAUGUCGGGCCGCGGUAAGUGGAGCAGUGCUGAUAUUUUGAUCUUUAACACCGGGCAUUGGUGGAACUACGAGAAAACUACCAGAGGGGGCGCCUAUUUCCAAGAAGGAAGUGAGGUGAAGAUGGAGAUGACUGUUAUUGAUGCGUACCAAAAAUCAAUACGAACACUAUCCAAUUGGCUUCACAAAGAAGUUAACACAAGCAACACCCAGGUCAUCUUCCGUACUUAUGCUCCUGUGCACUUCAGAGGUGGUGACUGGAGGAGUGGAGGGAGUUGCCACUUGGAAACUCUUCCUGACGCGACGCCACUCAAAUCACUGGAGCAAUGGGCUGACAUGCUUCAACCUGUGCAUAAUGUUCUUGGGAGCAGCAUCAGGCCCAAGCUGGCUGGGUUGGCUAUAUUGAACGUGACACAGAUGACAGCGCAGCGGAAAGAUGGUCACCUCUCAGUAUACCUCAGCCCUUCAGGGCCUGUCCCUCUGCACAGACAGGAUUGCAGCCAUUGGUGCUUGCCUGGAGUUCCUGAUACAUGGAACGAGCUUCUGUACGCUGUCUUCAUGAAAAGGCAAACGAUGAUGAACCAAAAUGUUUCUCUUGCUGGCUCAACAACACUGAACACAGGCUGACUAAAAUCCUGGGGUAGGUUACCUGAUGCUCGCCCGGUGAAGCUUGGCAUCUAAGGUUCGUGCCUGUGACGAUGAUGCUGUCGAUGUGCUUCCCACUUAGGUAGCCUAAUGGUGAAAUGCAUUUUUGGCACAAGAUAGGAGCUGGCUUGCAGGAAGCUGCACCAAUCUGCUCUGUUGUAUGCCGAGAGGUUAGUGAGUAUAAGAGCAAAAUUGAAGAAAGUCGUACAUAUAGCUGAAAUGUGAUAGUCUGUGUUUCGUAGAGGCGGCAAAAGUGUUAGCCGAUGUGAUCACAGAUUAGGGGGGCUGCAGUCGGUGAUGCAGGUAGUAUAUUGGCUGCUGUCAUAAUGAGGGUGUUACCGUGGUGACUGUAUGUAAUUCAUGAAUUUUUUAUCCUUCACGGCAUAUUCUCAGUGGCUACAGCAGUUUUUUUUA